AAAUAGGAGGGGGAGAUAGAGCCAUCCAUCCCUUUAAGAACAACUGGGACAUAGCGGAGAGAGGAAAAGGAGAGGAGGGGGUAGAAGAAAGAGGAAUUAAAAAAGAAAAGGAAGAAAGAGACAGGGAAGGGAGGGAGGAGAGAGAGAGAGCGCGCGAUAAAAAAAGAAAGAUGACAUCCUGUGAAUUGAAGCGCCGAGGUGGAGCGGCAGGCUGCGGCCGGGCUCGAGUGUUAUUCGUCCGGGUCACGGCUUGAAUCCUACAGCGAGGCUUCGACAAACACCCGAUUGGCCUGUCGGGGGGAUCGAGGAAAAAACACUGAUUUAUCCAUAGCAGCCUUUAAGUUUGACUAUUUAAAAUGCGUCAAGCGCAUUACGUAUAACCGCUAUUUUAACGUCUAAAUGCCUCAACUGCUGUUUUAUAAUGCAUGAUGUUAGCCUGUAGAAAUAACAUUAUUGGUUUCGGUUUUUAAGUCAUGCAAAUGAAUAAAUAGCACGUUGUUUUAAUGUCUCGGGUUAAAGUUGGAUAGGAGCAUAUUAAACACUAAAUAGUGUGCAUUAUUGCCUGCUAAUCCAGGCCGUUAAUUAAAUAUGCGAUUGGGGGAAUACUUAAAAAAACACAUCUAAACACUAAUUGCAAACUACAGACUAUUUAAAGGAUGUCAGUUGGUCGCUAUUAAUCUUGAUUAUUGUGUAGUUGAUUAUAAUAUUCAUCGCUGUGGAACAAAAUGGAUGCCGCGUGGAGCAAUUUUCUCUUCCAGACCACACCUUCCCAGACCCAAGUGGAGGGGACCCUCCAAUCAGAACUUCUGCCUGUCCACACGACCUCUCCUCAAACCCCGCCCAACGAACACAUAGCUCCGCCUCCAUCGACAGUGGACACUGCUGCUCUCAAUGAGGACCCUGUACCUGUGAAGCCAGUGUCCAGGACGGCUCGUGCGGCUCAUAUCUGCUCAAUUUGCAGUAAGCAGUUCAAGAACAGCUACAACUUGCGGCGCCAUCAAUCCGUCCACACCGGCAUCCGCAUGAAGGGGGGCUCCCAGAGCCAAGAGGCCGUGGCCAAAGAGAGUGCAGAAAGACACGCAGUCCCCCUCUCUCUCCUUCACCUCUCCAUACCCCAACAGCAACCCCAAACGCUGCCCCCUACUGCCGUGCUGCCCCCUCCCCACACACAAGUCCUGGCCACUCAAGAUGGAAAUGAUGUUGCCAUGGAGAGCGUGGCUUCCACUGUGACCGCCCUCCCUCCUCCGACUGCUGUUGUCAUGGUAACAGGGGAGCCUGUACAGAGGCCAGUAAACCAGAACCCCAACCCUGUGCGUAAAAACCACGCAUGUGAGACCUGUGGUAAAGCCUUCAGGGAUGUGUACCACCUGAACAGACACAGGCUCUCCCACUCGGACGAGAAGCCAUUUUCCUGCCCGAUCUGCCAGCAACGCUUCAAGCGGAAGGACCGCAUGAGCCAUCACGUCAGAUCCCACCAGGGAGGCGUGGAGAAGCCCUACGUGUGCCCACACUGUGCUAAAGCUUUCUCACGACCUGAUCAUCUCAACAGUCAUGUCAGACAGGUCCAUUCUUCAGAACGACCCUUCAAAUGUCCGACGUGUGAAUCAAGCUUUGCUACACGGGACAGACUGCGCGCUCACAUGAUCAGACAUGAAGAGAAGGUUCCAUGUCACAUCUGUGGCAAACUGCUGUCUGCUGCAUACAUCACGGAUCACAUGAGGGUGCACAACCAAUCACAGCAUCACUCCUGCCACCUCUGCAACCGCAGUUUCACCACGCUGACGUACCUGCGUGUUCACGCUCAGAAGCACCACGGUCAGGAGUGGAAGGAGAGCGGGGGAGGCUUCGGCACCACAGGCUCUGGAGGCGUCCUGGUCUGUCAGCUUUGCGGUGUGCACUGCAAGACCCCCACACAGCUGCAAGGCCACAUGGGUACCCAUAACCCCCCCGUGAGCGAUCCCAACUCCAUCAUCACCACCACAACCACCACCACCAGUGAGGCGGUUCCGGGGAGCACGGUCACCCUGUGCAACAUGGUCUCGGCACCCACGAUGUUCGUGAGCGGAAACACGGUGGUGGAUCUGCUGGUGACCGACUGCUCCAGCAUCAUCCCGCAACCUCAAAGCUAGCAGAGCAGGCCUGUAGCGCACACAUGCUAGUACUCACACAUACUACACACAGCUAAAAAAGUAGCUACUACACACAUGUAUGACUCAAAACAGCCAUUUAUACAAUUUAUUACACUAAAGAUCCACAAGAAGCCAAGGAGAAACUGUGAAAAUAGGCAUUCUGAGUGGGAGUUGCUCAUGCUUUAUGACAUGCACUCACGUACAAUGACAACUACUGUAGCAUGAUACAUUUUGAAAGAACACCUCUCAAUGAUGCACAUAUUAAGACACAGUCGCUUUACACUUAUCCUUCUCAAAACCAGAUUAAUAUGUACAUUUUCUUGUCUUGCUGAGAGGGCAGGAUGACUAUUUAGUCUUCCUAGGCUAUCUUGGCUUAACAAGAAGGAUCAGGGCAUAAAGGUGGGAAAACAGACUUAGAGGGCAGUAUUUUUACUUUAAAGCGGAUGUUCGCUCAUUUACUCACUUUUAUUCAGAUUUCGUAUGACUUUGUCACAAAAUUGAGCUUUUUUGUCCUUUUUGAAGCUUUGGAGGCUGUUGAUUUUCAUUGCAUGGAAGAGAGCAGCUCAGACAUUCUGCUAAAUUUCUUCUUUUAUGUUCUACGGAAAAAGGAAGUCAUAUGGGUGAGUAAAUGUUGGGUGAAAGAUCACUAUUAGUAUAAAAUGGCCACAUCACGCUGGUUUCUCAUUCGCUGUCAUCUUCUCCCUUUCGACUUCUCUGUUUUCAUCGCUGCAGGACUCUGAUGAUACUGUGAUUGUGUAUUGCUACUGUAUUUCUUUUGCCUGUAAUAUGAUUUCCUGUUUGUUUGCCAGACGUCCACCGCCAUAAAAAGGCCUCGAGAUCCAUUCAUAAGUCAUAAUAGUUCUGGUGACAAAAGACAAAAAGCAGAAGAAAGAGCUGAAAGGUGAAAACGAAAGGUUUCAUGAGGUGAAAGGAAAGUAGUAACGUUCAGCAAAGACAAUUACAUACGCACUAUGUGGCAGAUGGCAGGUUAUAUUUAACGCAAAACGUCCAUUUAAGUGUUUUGUCAUUGUGACAUUAUUUGUAUUAAAGUAGUUCACCCAAUUCUCUUUACCAUAAUUUCAAAACUAAACAAUGAUAUAGAAGUAUUUAUAUACUACCAUUUAAUAGUUUUUGAAAGAAGUCUCUUCUGCUCACCAAGGCUGCAUAUAUUUAAUCAAAAUACAGUAAAAUCCAUAAUAUUGCGAAUUAUUAAAAUUUAAAAUGACUGUAGUCUAUUUGUAUAUAUUUUAAAUAUAAUUUAUUCCUGUGAUCAAAGCUGAAUUUUCAGCAUUAUUACUCUAGUCUUCAGUGUCACAUGAUCCUUCCAUUUUUUUUUUUUUUUUUUUUUUUUUUUUUUUUAACUAAAAAUGUGUAUUAGUAGUAAUAUAAAAUGUUCAUGAAAAUAAUGUCACAAUGCCAAAAUCUUAGUAGACUAGUAGUAAUAGUAGUCCUAUUAUUAUUAUUAUUAUGAGACAUGAAAUGGAGAUUCACACAUCCAGUCAUGUCUGUACGGUACUGGCCAAAUAAUGUUUCUGUUUGAGUCUGUGUGACUUUGAAUUUGUCAUUAUCCAGACUACAAUUAUACUAGUUUAAACAAGCAUACAAGAUAUUUUUUGAAGGAAAUGUGCAGACUGCUCAUAAAUUACCUGAAAAAAUCUGCCUACGGAAAUCCAAAGUAAAAAUACCUUAACUGUUAGUUAGCUUCUUUUACAGGACUGUCCUAAAUAGUUACAUUUAGAAUGUAAACAUUUUAAUUUUUGAUGUUGUGUGAGACGCAGUGUUGGGGGUAACGCAUUACAAGGAACGCGAGUUACAUAAUCAGAUUAGGUUUUCCAAGUAACUAGUAAAGUAAUGCAUUACUUUUAAAUUUACAACAAAAUAUGAGUUGCUUUUUCAAAUAAGUAACGGAAGUUACUUCUUCAAAUUAUUGACUGACAGCUCUCCUGUCCCCAUGUUGAGAGAAAUCGAGAGUACGUGCCGAGGCGUUGUGUGCGCUGUGUGAACAUGAUGGUUAUUCUAGACUAAACGUGAACAUGCAUUUACUCAUUUACUACUUUUUCUACGUCUUAUUCUUCUGUAUUCUAGAAUGGCAGCACAGCUGAAAGGUUUGUUUGAGCUGCGCCCUCUACUGUACAGGCGUGAAUUUGCAUUUCCUUCAGCCUGAGGCUUAUUCAAUUUACUUUUGGUGUGAAAGGGCAGAAAAUAGAAUUAUUUUUGUUGUUAUAAAAACAAACAAACAGCCCAGCCCAGAUGUGACAAAGUAACGCUAACGUAACACGUUACUUUCCAUAAAAAGUAACUAAGUAAUGCUAUUAGUUAUUGUUUAGGGAGUAACGCAAUAUUGUAAUACAUUACUUUUAAAAGUAACUUUCCCCAACACUGGUGAGACGUGAUCGAACCUAAAAUAUUGUAGGAUGCUUGUUUGAGUGUAAUAAUUUGGCCAUGACUGUACUGUGGGCGUUUAAAAUAUACACGUUUUCCUUCUCUGAUUCUCCUCUGGUUCUAAUCCACGUGGACAUCUAUAGAAGAACAUGAAAUAUUGAAACUAUGAAUCCUCUGCCUGACUUUUCCUGUGUAACAUGAUGAGGUGCUGAACUAGGAAAUUCAAAGAGAGGGAAGGUAAUAGGAAGAAGUGUUUAAAGGCUUUGCUGUUUACUUCAGAUUUGUCCUCGUGUUAUUUAUCUGAGCAGCAGGCCGUCAGAGGAAAGGAGUGCAGCUGUUGUUACUGCUUCCACUGAGACUUUCAGCAAAAGGCUCUUUUGUAGAAGAUUGUUUUGUUUUGUUUUUUUUUCUUUUAUGAAUGUGUGAAUGGUGUGUUUAAAGAAGGGCUUAAUCAUGUGCGCUCAAGUAAAACUGAACUUCACACAAGGAAAUAAAACUCUUUACUAGCUCAAGGUUUAAAAACAAUGGAGAAGAAAAAAAGAUUCGUCUUGGUUUUGUACUGGAGUGAUUUGUUUGAUCAGUUUUAGUGUUGGUACUGUAUAUCUGGUUAUUCAUGAGCUUAAUUUGAAUAUGAGAUUUGUUCUUCCUGUCUAGAAACGUAGUUGUUAUUAUUAUAAGCUUCAGAUCAUAUUUAGGUUCUUCUUUUUAAUUUAGCAUUAAGCUGAAAUAAUACCUCUAAUCUCUGUACAGCUCUGGCAAUGCAUCUCAAUGCCUUAUUAUUGUACUCUACCGCAUUUAAUUUGUCAAACACUACAACUAUUUUAAAUUAUAGUCAAUGAUGAACCAGUAAAAAAGGAAAGUAAGAUAAUAAUGGGAUGUAUUUAUAUUUAUAUUUUUAUAUUUCUCAGCAGUAUGCAUGUCUAUAAACAGAGCAAAACAAAAAUGUUGAUGCUUACCAUGAUCAUGGAUAUUAUGUUAUUAUUUUGUAGAUGAUGUAGAACAUGUUAUCAUUUUGUAAUUUUGACUAUUAAAAGGAAAUGGAGUAAUCAUA